AUGUCGUUAUUCGGUGGAGUUACAUCGCAAGCACGUAGUCGAAAUUUAGUUGAAUUUAAAGCAGGAAAAAUGAUUUUACGUGGAACAAUGGUUCAUCCAGAUAAACGUAAAGGUCUUGUUUAUUUAUAUCAAGGCAAUGAUAUGUUAAUGCAUUUUUGUUGGAAGGAACGAUCAAGUAACACACCAGAAGAUGAUCUUGUUAUAUUUCCAGAUGAAAUUGAAUUUAAAAAGGUUACACGAAAUACAACAGGACGUGUUUAUAUUCUUAAAUGGAGAAGUAAUGCUCGUAAAUUAUUCUUUUGGAUGCAAGAAUCAAAAGACGAUAAAGAUGAAGAAUGGUGUAAAAAAAUUAACGAUCUUCUUAAUCAUCCACCAACACCAGGUUUUGGCGAUGAUAGUAGUGGAGCUGGCGGAUUAGGCGGUGGUGCUCAUCCAUUACAAUCAUUAAUGGAUCGUAUGGCAGGUAGUGGUGGAGCUGGUGGUAUUGAUCCGAAUGAUUUAUCAAAUGUUUUACGUGGAAUGAAUCCGAAUGAAUUAGCAUCAUUAUUAUCUUCAGUUGGAAGUGGUGGUGGUGCUCCUGGUUUAAUGCAAGGUAGUCAUCGUGGUAGAGUAUUGCCUGGUACAUCAACUCAACAAGCAACAUCUCUUCUAGAUGCAUUUGGUCAACAAACACCAGAUUCUCGUCCAAAUACAGCACCAGCUGCAACUCGCAGUACAGGAACAGCGACAGCCACAGCUACUGGAGGAACAACAUCAACAUCAGCAUCGAGUAGUCGUCCUAGUGGUUCAUCAUCAUUGAAACCACGCAAUGCUGGAACGAGUUCAUCACCAUCAACAGCUGCUCCAAAAAGUGGAACUAGUGCAGGAACAACUGGUGGACCAAAAGGUGGUCCUAUACAAAUGAGUGCACUCACAAAUAUUUUGGCUAAUUUAAGCGAUAAAAAUACACCUCAAGGAACUGAUAGUGCAGCAGCCGCCGCUGCUAAACCGACUAUUGAUCUUUAUGAUAUAAUGACUGCUGAGAAUUUAAUUCCAAUAUUAAGUAAUAAAGAUGUUCAAGAGACAUUACGAAAUCAUUUACCUGACGGAAGUACAGUCUCAGUUUCAGAAAAAGAAUUAAGAGAAUCAAUUCAAUCGCCACAAUUUCGCCAAGCUGUUGGUACAUUUAGUGUUGCUUUACAAACAGGACAAUUAGGUCCAGUUUUAGCACAAUUUGGUUUACCAGAAGAAGCAAUAACAGCUGCAAAUCAAGGUGAUUUACAAGCAUUCGCUCAGGCAAUGGAAAAACAUUAUAAAAAAACAAAUGAAGAAAGUGAUGAAAAAAAAUCUUCGGAUACUACAAUGGAUACAAGUUGA